GCGGAAGUGGGCGGUGCUCCGGCUGGCUGGGAAAUGUCAGCCGCUUGACUGGGGACGGGUUUUCCUUACCUCAGAGACUGCAGGCCUUUUAGUGAUCGUCACCGCCGUCGCCUCGGACCGUAGGUCCCAGAUCCUGGACGGUUGUGGCGGACGCGGAGUUUCCCGGUCCUUCCAGACGCUGUCUGGCAAGAUCGGACGGUGAGCCUGAUGGGGAGAGCCUGAGGCACUUUGGGGUCUGGGGUCUGGGGUCUGGGGUCUGAGGCCGAGCGCAGGCGGAGAUCGAGAGGACCUCGGAGACCCCGAGCAGCAGCCACCGCGGGCCUACGUUCCCGGCCACUGAUAGGCGGUAGCCAGGUCCGCCGGCCAGAUAUGACCCAGACCUGUACAUGAGUGACUUUGGUUAGUCAGAGUGAACAUUCAAUAAUGAGUGGUGCAGCUUUGGGACUCGAGAUUGUUUUUGUCUUUUUUCUGGCAUUAUUCCUACUUCAUCGAUAUGGAGAUUUCAAGAAACAGCAUAGACUUGUAAUUGUUGGAACACUGCUAGCUUGGUAUCUCUGCUUUCUUAUUGUCUUCAUACUGCCUCUGGAUGUUAGUACGACUAUAUACAACCGCUGCAAGCAUGCUGCUGCAAACUCAAGCCCUCCUGAGAACAGCAACAUCACAGGAUUAUAUGCAGCUGCUACCCCCGUUCCCAGCCAAUAUCCAUGUUUCAUGCCAUGGAGUUACAUUCCUGAUGGAAUCAUGCCAAUUUUCUGGAGGGUGGUAUAUUGGACAUCACAAUUUUUAACAUGGAUUCUGUUACCUUUUAUGCAGUCAUAUGCAAGAUCAGGAGGGUUUUCUAUCACUGGAAAGAUCAAAACUGCACUGAUUGAGAAUGCAAUCUACUAUGGCACCUAUUUGCUGAUUUUUGGAGCAUUUUUAAUUUAUGUAGCUGUAAACCCACAUUUGCACUUAGAAUGGAACCAGCUUCAGACAAUUGGGAUAGCUGCCGCAAAUACAUGGGGCCUGUUUCUUCUCGUGUUGUUGCUGGGGUAUGGUUUGGUAGAAAUUCCUCGGUCAUACUGGAAUGGGGCAAAAAGAGGUUAUCUGCUUAUGAAAACGUAUUUUAAGGCAGCCAAACUGAUGACAGAGAAAGCAGAUGCAGAAGAGACUUUAGAAGAUGUCAUGGAGGAGGUUCGUAAAGUGAAUGAAAGCAUCAAGUAUAACCACCCAUUGAGAAAAUGUGUUGAUACAAUACUUAAAAAGUGCCCUACAGAGUAUCAGGAAAAAAUGGGUAGGAACAUGGAUGAUUAUGAAGAUUUUGAUGAAAAGCAUAAUACCUACCCAAGUGAAAAAAGUCUGGUAAAACUACAUAAGCAGGUGAUUUAUUCAGUUCAGAGGCACCGUCGAACUCAAGUACAGUGGCGGAUUCUUUUGGAGCAAGCGUUUUAUCUAGAAGAUGUAGCAAAAAAUGAAACUAGUGCCACUCGUCAGUUUGUUCACACCUUUCAGUCACCAGAGCCAGAAAAUAAAUUUAUCCAAUAUUUUUAUAAUCCUACAGUUGAAUGGUACUGGGAAUGUCUCUUGCGACCAUGGUUUUAUAGGAUACUUGCCAUGGUUUUGUCUGUCUUCUCUGUGAUUGUUGUGUGGUCAGAAUGCACAUUCUUUAGUACUACACCUGUCUUAUCCCUCUUUGCAGUCUUCAUACAGCUGGCUGAAAAAACUUACAAUUAUAUUUAUAUCGAGAUUGCUUGCUUCCUUUCCAUCUUCUUUCUCAGCAUCUGCGUUUACUCUACUGUGUUCAGGAUCCGUGUGUUCAACUACUAUUACUUGGCCUCACAUCACCAGACUGAUGCGUACAGCCUUCUGUUCAGUGGCAUGUUAUUUUGCCGUUUGACUCCUCCUUUGUGUCUUAAUUUCUUGGGUUUGACACAUAUGGAUUCAUCCAUCUCUCACCAGAAUACACAGCCAACUGCUUAUACAUCUAUUAUGGGUUCCAUGAAAGUUUUAUCCUUUAUUGCAGAUGGAUUCUAUAUAUAUUAUCCUAUGUUGGUGGUAAUUCUCUGCAUUGCUACUUACUUUAGUUUGGGAACUCGUUGUUUGAAUCUACUUGGUUUCCAGCAGUUCAUGGGAGAUAAUGAUAUGACAUCAGACUUGGUUGAUGAAGGAAAAGAGUUAAUCAGACGAGAGAAGAGAAAAAGGCAAAGGCAAGAAGAAGGUGAAAAUCGAAGAAGAGAAUGGAAAGAACGUUAUGGACACAGUAGAGAAGAUUCCACUAGAAACAGAAAUGUUCAUGUUGACUCGAAAGAGUCAAGCCUCUCAGAUCUUAGUACCACCCGAUCAGCAUCCAAAUAUACCAGGGCCAAUAACAGGACUGAAAGGGACCGAAUAGAACUCCUCCAAGAUGUAGAACCUUUGGACUUUAAUGCAGAAACAUUCACUGAUGAUCCUCUUGAAUCUAAAUCAGAAAGGUAUCAGCCUGGUGGACGAUACCUCUCGAUGUCUCAAACCGGAAUAUUUGAUGAUGUGUAAAGUCUGAAAGAAUUUAUGGAACAACUAACCAAGAUCAACACAUCAGUCCAGUCUUUAUGAACAUAUGUGUGCCCUAGAGUUUAUACUGUACUCGUAGUGAAAAGUGUCAGAACAAAAAAAGGCACUGAAAGUUACUCACAUCUUAGUAAUAAUAGUUUAUUGCCCAUUGAAUAGAGUGUCAUCUUUUUUAUUACACACCAUUCCUGAAGUGUCUGCCUUAAAAGUACCGGUGUAGUGGAAGGAUUCAGUUCAUGAGAAAGAUCAGUAUAUGUUGAGAACAGGUAGUUCGGUUUGUUUCAGAUUCACUUUUUUCGGGAAAGUUGUUUUAAAGAUCCAAGAAAGUCAUAUGUCAUAACUAAAUAACAUCAUACGGUUUUAUUAUUGUGAUUUACGUUUUUGCUGUUUUUAAAGAAUAUGUUAAUCCUGUAUUUCUUAACGAGAUGGAGACCUCAAAUAAUAAUGGUAUUUACAGAACCCACAUCUUAAAACAAGGCUUACUUACCAGACAUAACUGAAUGUAGAAAGCUCUUUUUCAACUCUAUAUGCAAAUUAGUGAGGUUUUUGCAUGUAUAAUUAAGAUUACACUUCAACUGAUAGUGUUAAUAUCUUUGGCAUGUGUACUAUAAUUGGGUAAUGUAUUAGUCUUUCAGUCUUUGCUAGUAACUGGAAAUUCGUUUAUGCUUUUGGUAUUGCUUUGUAAAAGAUUUUCAUUUCAG